AUAUUGAUCUAUACACGUUUAUUUUGGUGUUUUUUGUUAUUUAUUUUCUUUCCAGAAAAUUUUGAUUUUGAUUGACGUGCUGAUUAAUUCACUUCUGCGUCUCAAUUUCCACCGCUCUGUAUGUCCGCGCCUAAAAAUCUUCGUCAUGUUGGCGAAAUGACAACUUAUUUCGAAAAAACAAGCGACCAUUUGCUUCGUGUGCGAACAACUUUUGAGAAACUGUAUGAUGGCAUUGUCAAAUUCGACAUAUUCACUUCAGUGUUGCCAUAUCUCAAAACUUGAUUAGCAAACCUCGCAAGGGGAAGAAAUUGCAGACCACGUCGUUGAUGAAUGCCCAGCACUCACACUCACAGUUUGCACAAAAGUUUCAAGCCAAGACAUCGGCUUCUGGUAGUUUUGAAUGAGGCGUCAGUUAAACUAUGUACUGAACUGCCCUUGACCUUUCAUUAACCCAACUAUACACUUUAUUAGAAAACCAGACGAGAUAAAAAUUGGAAAUUAUAAAAUUAUCUAUUGCCAUAUAUGUUCAAAUUACGAGGGCCGUUUUUUUACAACCUCCGAUCGCUCCGUACGCUACACGGGCAUGCGCUGUAGGCACACUACGCCAUUGUUGACACUCAGGCGUCAGUCGGCGUUGUGCUACAGCCACGUAAACAUGUCCGCCAUUAAUGAUGCUUCUGCCAAGUGUGAUUCGUUUUUGACAGGCUGAAGGCCGUAGUGCUGCAGAAAUCUAUUGGAGAAUGAGUCGGGUGUCUAUGGGGAAAACUUCAUGAGUGAUGGUUGUUGUACGUGUGUGUAUCGAAAAGUAACUUACUAAAAAAAGAAAGGAAAAAUGAGUGUACUGAUUCCGAUGUUGAUUACGUUAAUCGUUGUUGCAAUAGUUUACCAAUGGAUGAAGAAAAGAGAAAAAGAAUUGACGAAAUGGAUACCCGAAGUGCCGCAGAAUCCAAUUUUCGGCAAUCUGUUAGAAGUUGCGAAUCCAACAGAUAUUUUAGAAGCGUAUACAAGAUAUUUAAAUGAUCAUAAUGGUCUUUGUGCCAUCAAUAUAAUUAUUAAAAAUUUUGUACUGGUUUCUGAUCCAAAAUUUUUGGAAUUCGUCUUGGGAAAAUGGGAUAUACUCAAAAAAACUGAUGAAUACGAUUUUUUGAGUAACUGGUUGGGUUCCGGUCUGCUAAUAGCGAAAGAACCGAUCUGGAGGAAAAGAAGGAAAAUGUUGACGCCAUCUUUUCAUUUUUCUAACUUGGAGAAUUUUAUAAAUAUUAUAGAAAAAUGUGGUGAUACUUUGAUAGAGUUGUUGGAAAAAGAAACUCUCGAGGAGACAGUGGAUAUUAGCAAAUAUACGACAAACUGCACUUUGGACAUUAUAUGCGAAGCUGCUAUGGGGGUGUCAAUCAACGCUCAGAUAAAUCCCAAUUCGGAAUACGUCAAAGCGGUACAUGCGAAAUGUACAUUUUUAAUAGAAAGGACCUAUUCAAUUUUCAAAAGAUACGAUAUCUUAUAUAGACUUACGCCGACUUACUAUUUCGAAAAGAGCUGUGAUGAAAUUUUACAUAAUCACACUAUGCGUGUCAUAAAUUCCAGGAAGGAGAGAUUAGAAAGGGAAAAAGACAAAAAUGUAAAUAGUAACGACAACGAAGAUGUAGGUUUAAAGAAAAGAAAAGUGUUUCUCGAUAUGUUGUUGGAAUAUUCUGAUAAUGGACAAAACUUGACCGAUCAGGAUAUCAGAGAAGAAGUUGAUACUUUUAUGUUUGCAGGACAUGAUACGACUGCAACUGCGUUAAGUUUUUCUUUGUAUUGUUUAUCUCUCAACAAAGAUGUCCAGGACAAAGUAGUCGAGGAACAGAAACGAAUUUUUGGUAACGAUAAAGAUAAAACAAUUACAAAUAGAGACUUGCUUGAUAUGACCUACUUAGAUUUGGUAUUAAAAGAAUGUUUAAGAUUGUAUCCGUCUGUGCCUUAUAUUGGUCGUAAAACUGAUAAAGAUUUGACGUACAAAGAUGGAAAAGUUAUACCGGCUGGUACAUCGAUUCUUUUAGUUAUAUAUUCUCUACACAGAAACCCAAAGUAUUUUCCCGAUCCGGAAAAGUUCGACCCUAGUCGAUUCGAGGAUACUACCCAUAUUCCUGUAUAUGGGUAUCUUCCUUUUAGUGCUGGACCCAGAAAUUGUAUCGGACAAAGAUUUGCUUGGAAUGUAAUGAAAUCCGUAAUUUCUAAAGUACUAAGAAAUUAUGAAGUUUUACCUUGCGGACAUCCAUUGAAAUUGUCUGCGGUAGCAGUACUCAGAUCCGAAAAUGGUAUUGGAGUUAAGUUGAGGAAAAGAAACUGGGAUGAAAUACCUUUAUAACCAAGAUUAUUAUUAUUAUUAUUAUUACUUAUAACUCCUGAAAUAUACUAUAUAUAAUACAAAAAUUAAAAGGGGAAAAAGAUUUAACUAGAAAAUAGAAAAGCGUCCUGUCCAUUGACAGACGUUGCAAUAUCCUGAGGUAGAUGAUGAAAAAACACGAUUACUCAAAAAAUGUUGCGACAAUUUCCAUCUGUGUCCUCGAAGCCGAUUACCAGUGUCCACGUUAAAUAUGUUUCUUAACUUAUCAUAAUUGGAAUUUAAAACGCGAUAGGUGAUUAUCGUAUCCUCACGAAGACGACGUUGUUCAAAUGUCGGUAAAUCCAUUAUGUUUAGUCUUUCUGUAUGACUAGGUCUUGUACUACGCCCGGUUGAUCGACGCUGAACUUUUUCGAGAAGAUCUUUGUCCCGCACUAGUUCCGGACACCACAAUAUUCCAUAAUUGGGCGAAUAUAUUGUUUAUAACCAAGACGUUAUUAAAUUUUUUAUAUCUUUUUAUACAUAUUGAAUAAAGUUGGUAUUUGGAAUAAAA